AUGGACACGCCAAGAGACAACGCAACGGCAGCAUGGCAGCAAGCGUCUAGUAGCGGAGAGGCUCAGAGUUCACAGCUUCAGCUACUCCCUUAUCAAGUCCAGAAUCAGCAUCAGUCAGAGGAGGGAAACAUGAAUACUGCGGAUCAACAGCAACAGCCCGGCAACCAACAAUCGGCGCAGCAAACCUCAGAAACGGCGAUUGCGAUGGAACUCGCACGUGUUAUAGUCCAGAUGAAUCAGGGUGAUAACCAGGGGUCCGCUGGGAAUCUCCCCACUUUAGGCCAACAAGCACCCGGUCCUAUAGCCCCACCGCCUCCGCCUCCAGUAGCACCGACGGUUGCAGCGGUGGCCGGAGGUGGAGGGGAAACAGGAGGAGAAGGUACGGGAGGAGAUUUGCCUUUUUGGAGUAAUCAGCCAGAAGUCAAUUGCCUGGCAGUCUUGUUGGUUCUGCAGAAGCUAGAGGAAGUGCAAAACGAACUCAACCAGCAGACGUCUCAGUUCGUUCAAAUGUCCGCUGUCUUAUCAAACAUUCAGCAGUCUGUGGGCGGCGGGGCAGCAGCUACUAGCGUACCUCAAAUGCCAGUUGCCCCCAAUAACACCUCCGUCAUGGAAUUGAUUUUGCCCCUUUGCAGGCAAGAUCCAUCGUCAAUGCUCGGCGCCUUGGUGGCUGGACUCCUAUUCACUUGCAAGAAGCAACAAGAGCAGCAGCGCAUGGUGGAAAAUCUUCAAGGGCAAAUAGAUAAUUUGCAGCGCCAGCAGCUUGGAGGAAGAAUACCUCUCAUGAACCAGCAAACAGGGGGCAAUCUACCGGAUCCGCAGGCAUUCACUUUGCCGCUGCCCCAAUUAUCCCCCUCGUCUUUGCAGUCGUUGUUGCAAGCGGUCUUCCAAUCGCCACCACAACCGCAGCAGCAACCGCCAACACCGCAACAGCAGCCACAACCGGCCCAAAGGGAAUCACUCUUCCAGUUCCUUGCCCAACAGCAUCCAGCCCCCCUGCCGACACCACUGGCUCCGCUACAAGAACCGCGCAACUUGCAGCUCUUCAGGAAUGCGGUACAAGAACAAAUACAGUAUGAGCAAGGUCAAGAAGCAGUUGACCUGCAACCACACGUGGCAUCCACAGGCAUAAAUGGAAACACUGGCGGCACCGAAAACGAUCGUAUAGGAUUGGAGCUUCUCCGUCGUCUUGCCACGGUACUGCGACAGGCUGCGGAAGAAAACAUGAGUGUAGAACCCAAUGCAAGUUAUGCCCCGGUGCGAGAUAACUCUGACAUCCCACGAGUUGUCAACGUGCCUCAACGAGAUCCCUCGAGGAAACAUCGGAAUCGUAAAAGGCGCAAAAGACGUCGUCGCCGCCGCCGCCAUAUCGAUAAAGAUGACCUCGAUUACGAUCAUUUGAGCAGCAGUGUCGGCACGAGUUCUAUGGAAUACGAAGAUUAUGAAGAUGAUCUACGAGCCGAGGGGGCGGCGGCAGCCAAGAGACCUCGAAUACACCAUGUGGUUCCUAAUAAUAUGGAAGCAGAAGCAGUGGGUAUCAUGGCAGCUCUCCCGUUUGCAGCUGCUGCCCCGGGUGUUGCAGCCGAACCCGUGCUUCCCCUGGGAGACGCUCAGGCCCGCAUCGACAAUGGCGGCGAAGAUGACAAUCAUCGGGCAGUCAUGCCACCUCCUCGUCAAGACGUGGAAAUGGUAUCCUCACUCAGUGAUGCUGCCGAACUAGAGUCCACAGGCUCAUCUGGAGUCUCCUCCAUGACAAAGCGAUCCACCAUCUCCACAAAGGCCACUACUGGAAAUUUGAAGUGCCCCUAA